GAACGGACCGACAUAAGCGGAGAAUAUCUCUCAACCGGCAGUAUCACGUACAAGCUAGAGCAGUCCUGGCAGUUGCCUCUCAGUUCAGUUCAGUUCUCGGUGUGGUUAGCGACAGCGGUCCGAAGUGAUACGGUUAGAGCGUAGUGAAAAGUGAAAAUUUUCCUUUGGAAAGAAGAAGCACCAAAGUGUGAACACAGCAUAGUAACAACCUGUGAAUCAGACCGCCAUAGUGAAAUCAGCGUGAAGCGAGUUGUUCUUUGUUGUGUGAUUCGUGAAAUUACCCCGCUGUUGCAUGGUAGUCGUGAGUGAUCGCAAGCCGUUCACACCAAUGCUGUAUAAUUAACUUUAUUGUCGAAAAGUUUCGAGAAUUUCUCUAAAGAAUACAAUCACAGGUCAGUUAGCCCUUGUCCCGGGCUCUGACCAUUUCCAAGGAGAUCCUCCCUGGUGACACGUGAUUGAAACGCUGGCUAACACCCACCGAGACUGGCUGCCUCUUCGUUCUAAUUGAAAUCUUUGAGACUACGAUACACGCUUAAGUGCCAUCGAUUUAAGACUUACUCUAAAUUUCUAAGUUUCUACCUCGCAAGCAAGCAAGCAUUCCACAAACCCUCAACAUGAAAUUCCUCUCUCAAAACGAAACCGAGCUGGUUCAGGUCGUCGACGGUCCAGUUGACGUACCGGCCAUCAUCGACCAGCUCACCAACGAGCUGUCCACCGAGGAGCCCUUCUACGUGAUGGACAUCGACGACAUCGUCCGCAAGCAUCAGGCCUGGAUCGAGAAGAUGCCCCGAGUGGUGCCGCACUACGCCGUCAAGUGCAACGACACCGAAGUGGUGUGCGCCACUUUGGCCACCCUCGGUGCCAGCUUCGACUGCGCAUCCAAGGGCGAGAUUGCCAAGAUCCUCGCACUGGGCGUCAGCCCAGACCGCAUCAUCUUCGCCAACCCGAUGAAGCCGAGCUCGCAUCUGCGCUAUGCCAGUGCCAACAACGUCAAGACGAUGACGUUCGACAGUGAAAUCGAGCUGCACAAGAUCCGGAAGUUCUGCCCGGACGCCAAACUGGUGCUGCGCAUCCGUUGCGAAGCUGAGAAAGCAACAUGUCCACUCGGAAAGAAGUUCGGAUGCGAUCCCGUCGAUGAAGCUCCUUCUCUGAUCAGGAUCGCCCGCAGCAUGAACCUAGACGUGAUCGGGAUCAGCUUCCACGUAGGAUCAGGUUGCUCCGAUUUCCCGAUCUAUUACAAGGCAAUCUCCAUCGCAAGAGAUCUGUUCGACUACGCCAAGCAACUGGGAUACGAGUUCAACCUGUUGGACAUUGGCGGAGGUUUUCCCGGUAGCCACGGAACUUCGAUCGAUGAAGUGGCUCUGAUCAUCAACACGGCCUUGGAUAAAUUCUUCGCUGACAAAUCAGUACGCAUCAUCUCUGAGCCUGGUCGAUACUACGUAGCGUCGGCCUUCACCCUACUCACCAACGUACAGUCGAAACGCGCCUGUCUUGAUCCCGCCACCGGAACCAUCGAUCGUAUGAUGUACUAUCUGAACGAUGGAGUCUACGCAUCGUUCAACUGCAUCUUGUUCGAUCAUCAGUACCCUCAGCCUCGUCUGAUCGGACAGCAAAGCGGCAAGACCUACAAAUCCACCAUCUGGGGACCUUCGUGCGACGCGCUGGAUCAGGUCGUCGAAACCAUCAAUCUACCAGAGCUUCAGAUCGAGGACUGGGUUGUUUUUGAUAACAUGGGCGCCUACACGAUCCCGAUUGCCAGCCCAUUCAACGGCUUCCCACUUCCCAAGGUGUUCUGCUACAUUAGCAAGAAUACAUUGGAAAUGAUGGAGCACCUGACGACGCUCGCUGACGAAAGCCUUUGCAACACCUCCACUGCCGACCUGAUGAUCAACUACGAGAAUGUAGUUUGCGCAUGAGUCACCUUCCUGUUGACGCUACCCGCCACUGCAAAAUUAUUCACUUGGAUAUUAGAUGUUAAUGAAAAUUCUUUUACGUGUUUACAUGUCAUGUAAGCCCACAGCUACACUUUACUGUAUGUUUAUGUUUUACGCCAUUUGAAACUAAAUUUUUGUAUUUCAACUAUUUUAAUAAACGAAGAGGCAGCCUGAAACUGCUCUUAAUGCUAAUAGGAAAAA